AUGGUAGCUACCCUAGUCGAAAGUUGUGGUGGAGCAGUGUUAGGUGAUGGCGCAGAUGUAGGUGUUCGUAUUGGUGAUGUUCUGGGCGGAAAGGUCGAGGUAGUUGAGGUUAUCAAUGUCGUAUCUUGGGGAGGACUUGUUGUUCUAGGAAGGCCGUGUGGCGCUAGGGGCCAUCAGAGUAAUGAACUCCAAUACGGGAACGCAGGAGAAGGGGCGCUGAUGAUGAUUUGCAACGAUGUCCCGCCAAGGACCUCAAUAAAGCCCGUGGCCGAGCCACUACUGAAUGUCAGGAAGUCAGAAGUGACUGAGACUGCGAAGAGCCAUGCUAUCAGGACAAUGCUAAUCUUUUACGACUUGCGCAUCAUGGCGCUAGAUGGGAAAUAG